AGGUUUGGCUUUUAGGAGGUGGCCAACUUGCUGUCUCUAUCACUUAAUUGUUCUUGAAUGUGAAAUCAUCAGGAAGUGUUAAAUGUUAUUUUAAAUUGUAAACUUCCCUGAAUAAACUAUAUCGUUGUAAUCAAUACUACAAUUUAUUGAAAAAUGUCGUCGAAUAUACAAAAAGCCCAACAGUUAAUGGCUGAAGCAGAGAAGAAAGUAUCAUCAAGAGGAUUUUUUGGAUCACUAUUUGGUGGUUCAAGUCGAAUUGAGGAUGCUGUUGAAUGUUACCAAAGAGCUGCAAAUCUCUUUAAAAUGGCCAAGAGCUGGGAUGCUGCUGGCAAAGCUUUCUGUGAAGCUGCAAAUUUACAUGCUAGGAGUGGUGCUCGUCAUGAUGCUGCUACAAAUUUUGUUGAUGCGGCAAAUUGCUAUAAAAAGGCUCAUAUUAGUGAGGCUGUAAACUGUUUAAUAAAAGCUAUAGACAUAUAUACUGAAAUGGGUCGUUUUACUAUGGCUGCUAAGCACCAUCAAACCAUUGCGGAAAUGUAUGAAACUGAGGCGGUUGACUUAGACCGUGCUAUUCAGCAUUAUGAGCAAGCUGCUGACUAUUUUAGAGGAGAGGAGAGUAAUUCAUCUGCCAAUAAAUGUCUAUUGAAAGUGGCACAGUAUGCAGCACAACUUGAAAACUAUGAGAAAGCAAUACAGAUUUAUCAAGAAGUAGCUUAUUCUGCUCUUGAAAGUUCUCUUUUGAAGUAUAGCGCUAAAGAAUAUCUAUUCCGAGCUAGCCUUUGUCACCUUUGUGUUGAUGUUCUUAAUGCCCAACAUGCAAUAGAAAGUUAUAUCCAAAGGUACCCUGCAUUUCAAGAUUGUCGAGAAUAUACUCUCGUAAAAACCCUCAUAGAACAUAUUGAAGAGCAAAAUGUUGAUGGAUUUACAGACGCAGUCAAAGACUACGAUUCCAUUUCACGUUUGGAUCAGUGGUAUACCACAAUCCUUUUACGUAUUAAGAAACAACUAAACGAAAAUCCAGAUUUACGUUGAAAAGUUUUACUGUUUGCAAAGGUUGAAAAUAGAUACAGUGAAUUUUAUGUUUUGGGUUGUUUAUUCAAAUAUUAGUUUUUGUUUUAUUUUGAUCUCACAUCGUAUCUCUUAUUAACCCUUUCAGUGUAUUUGUCCCUCCAGAGGGACACUACCUCGAGUACAUUUAAAGUAUACAUCACUUAUUUUUUGUAGGAAAAAUUAUUUUAUUAUUCAUUCUAUUUACCAUGCUUUUGAGAAUAGCUGUUCUAAAAAUCACAUCUUCAUAGUAUAUCUUGGUUUAUUGUUAUGUCCCUCAUCAGGGACUUUUUGUCUGAGAGUACUAAAAAAGUACAAACAAAAACACGACGGAAACAUUUAUUCAACUAAAUUAUUUGAAAAAUAUACAGCAUUUUUUAAAGUAAUAAACAAAUUUGGAAAUAGAAAUAUUUUUCAACCACAUUUGGAGUAUGGUUGUAGCCAUCAUACCUUAUUUCUAUGAAAGGUUUUACCUCACAUUUUCUUUUUUCUGGAACUGUGUAAUUCGAGUCACUUGGAGUUCUUUUAGGAGGAUUUCUAACCAGUAUGAGGUGCGCUGUCAUAAUGUUUGUAGACCAGCUUCAUUUCAGUAGAUAGUCUUGAAUCGUAAUACUUUCCCCAGCUAGAGAAUAAAUUUUUAUACCUCAAUUUUCCGGCUUUUUUUCUGUAUAUUGUUUUAUGUUGAUUUGGCCUUUGAAAGUCACUAUAGUCACCAUAGAUGGGUUUCUAGCGAAAGCUCUUGACAUCAUCUUCUAGUACAGUCAUAGAUAUCUCGUAAUUUCCAUAAUCUGUCAUUAUUAUUUUCAGGACCAUUAGAAUUGAUGAUGGUAUUUAAAUAAUGGAAUCUUGUGAAAGUGGAAUUUAAUACCAUUUCUUAUUUUGUAUGAUGCAUUAUUCAUCCAUUUGGACUUAGAUUUCUCUGUCAGACCAUUUUUUUUUCAGUUUUCUUUAUCUUGUUUUGAAGUAUCAGUAACUUCUUCUAGUAUUCUUUCAUCUCUAUUUGUUUCUUCAACUUGAAUUUUGUCUAUCUCAAUAUUUUCUUCAUCAUCUCUUAAAUUCACAACAGCAAAAAUUUAAUCGUCAUAGCCCUGAUCUUCAGGGUUUUCAAUGUCCUCUUCUUCAUAUAGUAUCGGAACAUCAGAGUCAUCAUCAUUUUCCAAAUAAUGCAGGAGUUCCUUAUCAGUAAGACGUUUUAUGUACUUCCACAUAUUCUGGAAUAAAUGAAAAUAUCAAAAAAUUACAUCAAAAACAACAUAUACAUUUAUAGAGUAUUUUUCUAAGUGUGAAAAUUUUUUGUCCUUGCUAAGUUCAGUUGAAGUGAACUCAUGAACAUACAUGGGAUUUUUAAUAGCUAGGAAAUUAUGUCCCUUCGAAGGUACACUAUGUAUUUAGCGCUAAAAAACAUUAUCCAUUCAUUUAGUACUGUGAUUCUGGAGAGUCACAGAUCUACUAAAGUUGUUAAAAAUUAAGAGUGGAACUGAAAGGGUUAAAAGAUUUUAAUUUGGUGUUCUAUUGCUCUCAUUUUAUCUGAAUGCAGAAAAAACAGUGAAAUAUCAAUUGAUUUUCCACAAUUAACUUUGCAAAUAUAACAACCCAAAAUGUAUAAAUUAUCUGGAUUAUCGAUUAUACAUUCAAUUAUUAAUUUAGUAACAAUUUAAUUAGGCUUAGUUGUUAAUUAAUUAUUAAAUUUGUAUUUUCGUGUUAUUGAUAUUUGUUUGGUUUAAUUAAUUGAAGCCACACAAUAACUUAGUCAGUUGAGCUAAGAUUUUAUUAUUAUUAAUCCCACAUACAUUAAAAUUUUGUUUGUUAUAUUUGGCAUAAAAACAUGUUUAUUUUUUUAGCGAGAUAUCUAUCAAUUUAUCUAAUAUCAAGCUCAAUUGAGUUUAUUUUGUACCUCAAUUUUUUCUAUUUAUAUUGUUAGAAAAGAAAAAAGAAUUCGAGCAUUGUUCAAUUCCUUUUAAUCAAAUCCUUUUAUAAGCGGAACAAAUGUUCGAAAACUAACCAUUUUAAAAGUUUUUCAUACUUAAUUCUAUCAGCUGUAUAACAUAAUUGAGAAUUUUUAUGUAACUAAUUAUUAGAGAAAUAGUUUCAACACUAAUAGACAAUUAAUAAGCUUUUGAUCAAAUAGUUGGUAUUCAAGGCACUGUUAUUGAAGUAAACUUCAAUCUAAUAAUUGGAAACAUUAUGCAUUAUAUCUAGUUGAUACCCAAAUGUAUACUUUGCUUGAAAUUUUGGGCUUAUAUCAGUAACACUAAUAAGUUAUUUAGAAAUAUGAAUAAAAAAUGAAUCUUGAUCUACUUGUUAUUAUAUUCUGUAAACUAUUCAAUUAAAACCCCUUUCUCCUUAUAAUUGUGCCAUCUCCUAUUACAAUAACUUCUAUUUAAUUUCCCACUUCUUAUAAAUCCACAUAUGUGGAAAAAUUUCUCCUUAAUGAAUUAUUAAAAAAAGCAAUACAAGAAAUGAUGUGGGUAUCUCAAUUCAUGGGCUUGCCGAAUUUGUGCAGUACAUAGUUUAAACAUAUUCGAUAUAUUUUUAAUUAUUUUAAUUGUUAAUUUAAUUAUAUUGCUAUUUGUUUUACCAUGGUACCAUCAAAAACAUUUUCUUUUAAUAAUUUUAUUAUAAAUAGUAAAUUGUAUAUAAUGGCACUUCAAUAAACAAUAACUGUACUAUAUAAAUAUAUAUAUAUAUAUACAGGGUGUUCCAAAAUUAUCUUCACAACUCCGAAAAUAAACUAGAUAUUUAUAUUCUGUCUUUUACAAGUAUUAUUGCAACUAAUAAAGUUUUUUAGUACACUUCAACAUGCUCACCAUUGGUGGCCCUAAGCACUUCCAGUCUGUAAUCAAUUUCAAGCCAGAUAUGCUGUAACAAGUCACCUGUAAUUGUACUAAAAGCUCGUUUAAUGCGGCGUUUCAAGUCAUCAUCAAUGUCAUUAACUGGUGUUCGGUAAACAACGUUCUUUAAAUAACCCCACAAGAAGAAGUCGUGGGGUGUUAUGUCCGGAGUCCUUGGUGGCCAUGGAAUUGGGCCAUCCCGUCCAAUCCAUCAGUUGGGAAAAGUUUGGUUGAGAUGUUCUCGAACUUCUGUCAACUAGUGUGGUGGUGCACCAUCCUAUUGGAAAUAAAUAAUCGGCUUCCAACUGAGGAAGAGCAAAGUUUUGAAGUAUAUCCAUGUACUUUUUGUAGCUGUUUAUCUGUAAAAUAAUUCGAUUUUGUUUUUUUCUUCUUUUUUUUUAUUCAAAAGUAUGUAAAAUAAGUUAAACUUACCACUUUAAGCAGGUCCUGCAAAUUAAUUUAUUGUUUUCAACUUUCAAUUCUGUGUAACCUCGUAUCCAUUCUUCUACCGAUGGCUUCAUUUUAGGCAUUGCUAAAUAAAUAUUAUACUAUGUAGGAAUACAAUACACUUGAACUCUAACCUUUCGCCUUCUGCGAUUUUAACCGAGUAAUACUAUUUAACAUUUGGAAAUCGAAAAACAGCGGCCGAGGGUAUCCCUCCUUGUCACGUUGUGGCUUAGGUAAUAUAAAAUAAGAUAAUCGGAAAUUGAAAAAUAUAUUAAAAACUGUUACAUACCGAAAAUUAAAUGUACAAAAUUAGCACCAAAUACACCACUAAUUGUUAAAAUAUGCAUAAAACUGGAAAAAAAAAUAAAAGCACUAAAACUGAAAAUAAGCAUAAUGGCACAAAAAAAUUAACCAUGUGCAUCCUCUUAUUGAAAUUCAUGCAUAUAUAUGAUCAAAAUAUAUCUGCCAUCAAAAAUUACUUAUGGCAUAAUAGCUAGAAAUCCGCGCGCUACCCAUGAAGCUUGUGUGCCAUGCAUGGAUGGUGGGUCUCUUUGGAAUUUUGUCCAGAAGUUCCGUGUAUCUGAUUUUGUCUCUAUGAACCAUGACACCCAUUGAGCUUUCUGUUGGGGUGUCCACAUCUUCACUUAUAACUGUUUAGUCUAUUGAAAAAAAAAACUUAAUUAGUUGCAGUAAUACAUGCAUAAGAUAGAAUAUAAAUAUCUCGUUUAUGUUCGGAGUUAUGAAUUUUUGAAGUUGUAAAGAUAAUUUUGGAACACCCUGUAUAUAUACAUGCUUUCAAAUGUUCUUCAUUUUAGGUUUAUAAAUUAUAAAAAAAACUAAUAAAACCCAAAAUCAAGAUGAUUUAGAAAAAGAAACAAAAGUAAUAAGAAAUAUAUAAAUUUCUUUAAUUUCUUAGACCUUUUCAUAUGUUUAUGUUUCUAAAUGUUCUUGAUCUUUGGUCUCUUCUGUUUCAAAAUUAGUUUUUUUAAUAAUUUUUAAAAGAUAGAUAAAAUAUGACUUUUCGAUUUUUCUUCAAGUCUUUAUCAAAAUAUGAUAUUGACACUGACAUUUUACGUAUUUAUAUUGAUCAAUAGAUUAUCUUCAUCAUGAAUAUCAAAAUAAGAUUAAAAUUAAACGAGAACUUUGUUCUAAUAAAAUAAAAUUAAUUUUUUCUUAGUCCUUACAUCUCAAAUAUUAAAUUAUUUGUAGUUUUAGUAAAAAUUAGAAAAUAGAGCUAUAAAUUUUACUUGAAUUAUUUAGGUCUUUUUUUAUCAUUUAUAGCUUUUUUGUUCUUGUGAAUGUAAACCAUUUCUAAAAAUUCCCUUUUUCGUAUAUUAGAUUGAAGCUUUCGAAUUCUAUUUCAAAUAAAUAAUAUUCAAACAAGAAGAAAGACUGGAAAAUGUAGACAGAGAAAUGAGACGCAAUAAUAUAAUAAUUCAAAGGAAUCGAAGAUUGAGAACAUGAAAGUCAGCAAAAAAUAAAAGAAAAGAUCCAAUUCAUAAUGGAGAAAAUAGAAGUCGAUCCUGAAGCUGAUUUAGUAGAAUGCUACUGAAUAGGAGCAUUUAAAAUAAACAAAAAGAGACCGAUUAUAGUUAAAAUCAAAAAAUGGAACAAAAAAUUGGAAAUUCUGAACCAAUCUAAAAAACUGAAAGGUACCAAUCUAUGAAUUAAUGAAGAUUACUCAAAGAAAGUGCAAAUAGAAAGAAAAAAGUUGUUACCUAAGGUGAAAUUAGCCAGAGAACAAGGACACAACGCAAGGCUCAAAUAUAACAAAUUAAUUGAAAAUAACAAAAUAUAUGGAGCAGAGAAACGUGCAGCCAGCGAUCUUUACCCAGAAAAUGGAAGGGAGAAUAAAGAGAAGAAGUCAAAAAACUAGUAAUUAAAAAAAAAGAACAUUGAUAUAUUGGAAGUCGACAACGCAAUGGAAUAGAUAAUGGUUAAAGGUAAAAACCUGAAAAACAAAUGGAAGGAAGUGGUGAGAAUGGAUCAUCAGGACAAUGCUGGCAAUGGGAAAAAUGGAAGAAAUUGCAAAAGCAAAUGCUGGAAUACAAAAUAUAUUGGCACUCCAAGAAAUACGAUGGAAGGGAAAAGAAUGAAUAAUGUGCUAGAAUAUGAAGUUAUAAGUGGGAGAAUAUCAAAGCUAAGAAUAAAAAAUACUAUAGCAAACAACAGUAAUUAAUAUUUACGCACCAACAGAGGAAGCAAAAGACAAAGACAAAGAUGAAUUCUAUGAAAACCUGGUUAAGGUAUGCGAGGACGUCACAAGACAUGAUACAUUAUUGAUUAUUGGAGAUAUCAAUGCAAAAAUAGGAAAAGAAGACUACUUAAGCAGAGUGUCAGGAAAACACACCCUACACGAAACAACUAACAAUAAUGGAGGGAGAAUAUGUAGUCUAGCCGAGGAAUUCAACGUGUACUCGUAUAUUAGUAGCACUAGGUUCAAACAUAAGAAAGAGCAUAAAAUCACGUAGAUGAUACCAGGAAGUACCAAGGGAAACCAAAUAGAUCACGUCUUAAUAUAACAAAUGAUACAAGAUGUAAGAUCGUACAGAGGAACAGGUGUUGAGACUGAUCAUCACUUAGUAAUAAUCAAAAUUAAAUUAAGAAAUUGGUUAAUAUGGUAAAUAUAGUAAUCAAAGCGAUAAAAAGCAGAAAAUGGAUUGUGCAGAAACUGAAACCGAGGGAGGAAGAAUACAGAAAAGAAAGAGGAAAGCAACUACAAAAGAGUAAAGAAAAAGAUACUAUUGAUGAGCAAUGGAAAGAGAUUAAGAAAAGUGUUAUAAAUGCAACGCAGAAAGUCAUUAGUACAAAAUAUAUUAGAAAAAAUAACGAUUGGUUUGACAUGGAAUGUACAAUCAAAAUUAAAGAGAAAAAAGAAGCUAGAUUGAAAUGGCUACGAUGUAUGAAACAAGAUGAUUAUAAUAUAUAUAUAGAAAAAUAAGAAAAGAGAGCACUAAGAUAAUAAAGACAAAGAGAAUAAAAUGGCUAAAUGAUAGUAUGGACAACUUGGAAAAUGGCAAUAAAGAUAAUGUAAAAUUAUAUCAACAUAUAAAGAAACAAAAUAGAAAA